UAGCAAAGCAAAUCUAUGCCGGUGAUUUUGCAUACAAUAUCAACAACUACAAACCAAAAAAAAAAAAACCCAUCACCAUUAAAGAUGAUGCUCGGUGAACGACAUCGUAUUAGUGUUCCGCCGUGGAGCCUUGAGACAAAUCCAGAUGGAAAUGCGGCAGCCGCAUCUGAUUACAACCCAUAUUGCAUCCAAGAAGCUUUAACAGCUUUACAGCGCUAUCUACCGUCGAAUGAACCGGACGUCGACUCAGACUCCGAGUUUUCCGGCCUGGAAACGGACUCACCAGUGGAUGCGUUUUCAUGUGAUCAUUUCAGGAUGUUCGAGUUCAAAGUUCGGAGAUGCGCACGUGGCCGGUCACACGACUGGACGGAGUGUCCCUAUGCGCAUCCCGGCGAGAAAGCGAGGAGAAGAGACCCGAGAAAAUAUCAUUAUUCCGGUACUGCAUGUCCGGAAUUUCGGAAAGGGAAUUGUAGAAAAGGUGACGGUUGUGAGUUUGCUCAUGGUGUUUUUGAGUGUUGGCUGCAUCCGGGUCGAUAUCGAACCCAGCCGUGUAAAGACGGGCCUAACUGUCGGAGAAGGGUUUGUUUCUUUGCUCAUACGCCGGAGCAGCUUAGGGUUUUGCCUCAGCAGAGUCCGAGAAGUGUUACCUCUGUUGAUUCUUACGACGGAUCUCCGCUCCGACAGGCGAUGGAAGCUGCUGCUUGUGUUAAAAGUCUUCCCUUUUUGUCUAGCCCUAGCUCGAUUUCGCCUCCGGGUAGUCCUCAGGGUGAUUCACCGCCCAUGUCGCCGAUGAUGAGCCGCUCUCUCGGGUCAAAUUCUGUCAACGAAAUGGUGGCUUCUCUCAGGAACUUGCAGCUUGGUAAGAUGAAAUCUUUACCACCUUCUUGGAAUGUGCAGGUUGGUUUCGGAUCUCCAAGAUCUGGGUCGGUUCUUCGACCCGGAUUUAGUAGUCUUCCAACAACUCCGACGAGUGCUCCGACCCGUCCCGGAUUAGCAUAUAGGGACAUGUGGGAGAAUAUCAGCGAGGAGCCUGCAAUGGAGAGGGUCGAGUCGGGUAGAGGCUUGCGUGCCAAGAUGUUCGAGAAAUUGAGCAAGGAGAAUUCCCUGGGUCGGGCUGACCCGGAUCCAGGUCAGUCUUCUAAUACUCCGGAUGUUGGGUGGGUUUCGGAUCUGGUUAUGUGAAGUGGGUUGAGCCCAAUGGCUCUUUUGGUCCGUCGUUUUUGGUUCUCAUUUUGUGAAUAUUGGUCAAGGAAGAUGGAAAUUGGGUUAAUUUUGGUAACAAAUUGAAGAAUCUGGUUAUUGUAUAUAUCCUUUUACAAGCAAUAUUUUGUUUGAUUUCCAAGUAAUUUCAAAUUAAGGGAUUGAAGGGCUGUUUUGGGGAAUUUUCUGAGCCAAGUAUGAAAAUUCCGAAGGCAAAUUAGUCAAGAAACGUUUCGUUUCGGGUUGAUGAUGAAGAAUGAAAUGUGCAUUAAUCCUUUUUUUGUAUUAAUUAAUGGUUGAUUUAUGCUUUUGAUUUGGUAUUUAAAUAUUAUGCUAAUCAUAUUAUUGUAGAAACUUUCGAUUGCCUUGUAAUGCUCUUCAGCUGAUCCAAAUUAAUGCAGUGUAUAUAUUUUUCAUAAUACAACUCCUUGUUUUCUGCU